AUGUCAAUCUACAAAGACUUCAGCUCCGUAACCCGCGCCUCCCUCACCCACGCCCUGUCAGAUCUCUCCCUACCGUCUGCUGCAAUUGACUCCCUAAUGCGCGCCUACGACUCCCUUGAUCUCAACCCCGACGCCGGGCCCGGGCUCAUCUCCCUCCAGUCCUCUACGGCAAUAGACGCAUACAUCUUCUCCAACGGCAGCCCCGCCAUGCUCAAGGCCUCCGUCACAAAAUCGCUUUCCCUAGCUCAAUUCCAAGGCAUCUUCCAAGACAUCGCGGGGUUGAAGGCCGCGUGGGUGGAUCGGCAGGGUUUGGGGUGGAUAGAUGGAUUGGGGGAGUUGGUGGGGGGGAAGGGGCCGACGGUUGUUGUGAGGGGGGUGGAUGAGGCUGUGAGGGAGAUUCAACGGCAGGAGGGAGAUAGGAAAGUAGUCAAACCAAAAAACUAA